AUGAAGCGGCAGGAUGACACCGACCCGGGAGAAACGCCCAGAUGUCUCCCUUUCGGGCGUGAGACCGAGCGCAGCGCACGAGAGGCGACAGCGCUGGAAGGCUGGGGAGACUCGGGUCUCGUUAGCGAGACGCAGACUCCCUCUGGUGAAGCUGUCGGCGCUUCGCGUCGGCAGGCGCAGCGAGACAGGGAAGGCGAGGAACGGGACAUGGAGAAGGUCGAGGACUUUGAGACCGAUUGCACUUUUUCGUGGUCCGCUUCUUCGGACUCCACGGGAGCAGACGGGAGUCGAGUGAGGUCUCGCGCGUUCCAGUCCCCAAGACAGUCGUCCGUUGACGGCUGCAUCCACUUUCACUCCCUCGAAGACCCUCCUGUGGAGGAGGGCGAAUCUGUCGAUGCCUCGCGGUCGAAGCGUCGAGCCGCUUCCUCGCGCGCGUCGACGUCUUCGGCCUCUUCGUAUUCCCCUUCCCUCGAUUCCUGUUUGUUCUCUCAGUUUUCAGCGCUCCACCGUUCCCUGCUCAUCCCCCUUCUCAAGGGCGGCGGCAUCGUGACCCCCACGGACGUUCAGGAGCGUUGCAUUCCACUGUUGCUCGCCGGAAACUCUUCCCUCGUCGUCGCGCCUACCGGCAGCGGGAAAACCCUGGCGUGGGCUCUCCCCCUCCUCCAUCGCUGGAUACUCGCCGACACGGAGCGACUCGCGCCGUACCCUCAGCAGCCAGGCCUCGUCGUUCUCGUUCCUUCUCGCGAACUGGCGAGUCAAGUCCUCGGACAGCUCCGGCGCUUCUCGUCCGUCAUUACUUCGGCGGCCUGCGCGGCGGGCCAGUCGUACGUCAAGGAAGUCCGCAUGCUUCGCUCUGGAGUCGACGUCGUCGUCUCCACGCCCGCACGGCUGCUCCUCCACCUGCACAAGAAAAAUGUCAACAUGAACCGGGUCAUGGCGCUCGUCAUCGAGGAGGCAGAUACUCUCUGCGACUCCUUUUUCGAGCAGGAACUGUGCGUGCUUCUGUCGUCCCACUUCCGCCGCUUCCAGGCGUCCCCCUCGCUCGCCCUGGCGACGCCUGGCUCGGCCCGGGGCGUUCUGCCCGAGAGCGGAACUGACCAAGCGCGAGCGGGGUGGUCCUCGUCGCCACACCAGAGGCAAAACCUUCUCGAGAUGCAGGAGUCGCAAGCACCUGCACGGCGCGAAGCAGACGAGAACGCCGACGCGUCCGCCGGCGAGUUGCCGCAUAGAAACGACCUGCAGCUCGUCUUUGUCGCCGCGACAAAAACCGGCGCUCUCGCGCGAUUUCUCAAGCAGCAGAUCGGCAGGGUGCACAUCACGAGUGUAUGUACCCCCGACGCCCACCUGGCUGCAGCUGGAGUCCAGCAGGUUUUUGUUUCGCUCAACGGCCAGGACCGCAUGUCGCGCCUCAUGGAGGUUCUGGAGGAGCGAGUCGGGGGAGGUGACGGGAAAACGAUGAUCUUCUGCAACACGGUCAACACUUGCCGGGCAGUGGACUUGACGCUCUUGGAAAAGGGAUACAAAGUCUCGUGUCUUCACGGCCUCAUGCCGUUCAAGCUGCGCAAAGCCAGCUUCCAGAAACUCCAGAACGGCGAGACAAACAUCCUGGUUUGCACAAACGUCGCUUCACGGGGGCUGGACGUUGAAGGCGUGAAGCACGUGAUUCAUUUUGAUUUCCCCCAGACGCUCGCUGACUAUCUACAUCGGAGCGGAAGAACAGCUCGAGGAGGCGAGACGGGGCGCGUCACGAUUCUUUUCUCGAAGCGUAAUCUUCCGCUCAUUCAGCAGAUACAGAACGCCAGCCGAGCGGCUACGUCUCCCCCGGAGCUACGACAUGCGACGCCUCGAAUUCGACGCGUUUUGCGGCUCGAAGAGCGCUGGAAAGAGCUCAUCGAUAUGCGGAAUCCAAAGCGCAAGAUCGGAGGCCGCAAGAAGCUUGGUCUGCCACCGAACAGAAACACCGUCGGGCCAAAGGCAAAAUGGGCAAUCAAGAAACUUUACUUCAGGUUGAAGGCCAAGGACCACCUCCAGUUCCUGCGCUCUCGUGGCAUUCUGGGCAAAAAAGAGCUGCUACCCCGACACCCGCGUGUGUCGGUAGAGCGAUCCGACGCACAGCAGGCGAUGAAGAUGAUUCGAGGAGACGAUGGUCUACUACAGGUACUUCCGGUUAGGAGGUCGAAGUUUUUCAUGGUCAAGCAAGCGCAGAAAAGCCAGUCUCACCAGAGCCGUCUCGCCCGUAGACCCGCGCCCUUCAAACGAUUUCAAGUCAGCAAAGUCGACUUAGUCUAUCCGCGGUGCUCAGCUGAUGAUGACCUGUACAUCUGA